CAAAAAUCAUGUCCUGGAUUUAAAAAACACAGAUUAAUUUAAUGAUUCCACGGUCAUUGUGUCAUAUGAUGCUACCGAAAGUGCAAAGAUAUCUUCUAAGGGAUCUUAGAAUUUGAUUGCAGGAAGUAAUAACACGACAGCGUCAAUUCUUACGUGGAUAUUUUGGUGUGAAGUUGUGGCUGUUCCAAGAGAAGAAAAUUAGCCAUGGCGAAAUAUUUUACCACUGUAAAUGAGUUUAAAUACUCAUGGGACCAAGUAGCUGCUGGGUUUUGGCAGAGAUACCCCAAUCCAUACAGUAAACAUGUCCUGUCAGAAGAUGUUGUUGACCGAAAAGUAGCUGACAAUAAGCUCUACACAAAACGUCUUUUGACUAAAACAAACCAUAUGCCAAAAUGGGGUGAAAAAAUUGUGCCGGGACCAAAGUAUGUUGCCCUCGUUGAAGAGUCUGUAGUAGACCCAAAAGCCAAAACAUUGACUACAUAUACCAGAAAUGUGGGCUAUACUCGCCUUAUGUCAGUGGUGGAGAAAUGCAUCUUCAAAGUGGAUGAGAAAAAUUCCAAGUGGAGUCAAGUGGAACGUUACGCUUGGAUCGACUCUAAUGUAAUUGGAGUUGGUGGUGCUAUCAAACAUUUUGGAAUGGAACGUUUCAAACAUAAUGUAAACAAAGCUUGCAAAGGCUUUGAGUAUGUUCUCGACAACUUAUAUCCUGGUUUGAACCAGGUCGCUCAAGACACUGGUACAAUGGCUGCUAGGAAAGAAAAAUUAGCAGAAACUGCCAAAAAAGCAAAAGAAAUUGCCAAAGCGAAAGCAUCAAGACCAAUCACAGCAAACUGCAGUGGACAAGCGGCAUCAUCAUAAAACGUUGGAAAUAACAAUUUUCCAAGAGAAUGACAU